AUGUCUCCUCCCGCUGCUGCUGCUGCUUCUUCGCCCUUCUCCCACGCAGCUAGCCUCGCCCACUACGAGACCAAGAACUCGUUCGAGCUCAUAGUCAUGGCGAAGCUGCGUUGCGUUUCUGAUGCUGGUGAGAACCAGGAGAUUAUCGCGCGGCUGAUGGCGCAGGAUAGGGAGAAUGGGACGUGGCCUGGGAAGUGCGAGGGGCCUGGGGCGACUGCUGCGACGAAGACUGAUGGCGCGGCUGAGGAGAUGAAUGGGGAACAGGGGGUUGUGGUGCCGGUCGAGAGAGUCUUGGGGAAGGAAGAGAGGACGCCUGAGGCUGAGGUUGGUGGUGAGGGAAGGGCGGAUCACGUGCCUGUGGCGAUUGUCUCCGGAGACAGACGCGCUCGUGCGCGUGCUGUGACUGCCAGCACCACUGCGAUUAGCACGAGGAGCAGAAGCCCGAUAAUCCCCCUGUCACAAUUGGCAAAAGAAUGGGAUGAGGAUUGGGGCGCACCUUUCGCUUUCCCUCUCGCCGCUAACACCGGCUCGAAACCCAAAGCUAAACCCGUGACUACAUCCGAGUCCGUUUCCAGUGGCUCAAAGUCACCCGUUACACCCACAUCCCCCGUCUCGCAAGCCUCUCCUGUCUCACAAGCUUCUCGCCCGUCCCUGGCAACUCCUGCCUCGUCCCCUCCAACCAUCCCGGCUUCGUUGAAGUCGAAUCCGUAUAACCUUCUCAUGAGCGAUGAGCAGGACGAUGAAGAAAAAGAGGAAGAAGAAGCAGAAGAGGAGAGCGAGAACGAGGGCCUCAUCAUCCCCCUGAAGAUGUACACGGAGAAGGCCAGGGCUGCCGCCGAGUCUACAAGGGCUGAGGUCACGUAUGCGGCAACAACGUCUAGUAAGGAUGCUGCCGCCGCUCCUACGGAACAGCCUGGAAAUCUCCCAGCUCCCGAUUCGUUGGCCAGUUUCGAGCCGUCUGAGGUUAUGUCGGCGCCUGAGGUUGGUGUGCUUCCUGAGGCUCCUGUUGUUGUCAGGGACUUUGGUGCUAUGGGUUCAUCUUCGUCCUCGCUGUCACGCUCACCCGAAGAGGCAGCCCACAAGUCCGACGUAGCUGCUUUCUACAAUAUGCCUUCCCCCUCGCCCGUUCAGCCAGCGACAUCAACGAAGAAGACUCCGGUUCAGAUAUCCGCUCGCGCUCCCCCAUCGCCACCAUCCUCGCCACCACAGCACGCUCACACCGUCCCGUCCUCUCCCGCGCCCACCAAAAAGACUCACCAGCCGCGCAACGAGAAGCGCAAACAAGACCAGGCUGUUGUGUCGUCGAAUAUGUGGGACGCGCUGGCCGCUGACGAUACCGGUGAUGGCGAUGACACCGCUUCUGCCCCCGUUAACACCGGUGAUAAUGACGAGGGCGAUAGCGACGUGGAGACAGCUCCUGUCCCAGGGGCGCAGAAAAAGAAGAACAGGAGGCGCGGAAAGAAAGGUGGAAAGAAGGUGCAGGCGAUGAAGCAGAAGGUGGAGCAGGCUGUGGAGGUUCCUGUUAUUGUUGCGCCUGUCCUCCAGCAGACGGUCUCGAUGACGGCGAAGGUGGGGAAGAAGAUGGAGAUGUCGCAGGCGCUGGGUGUCGCGGCGAUCGUUAUGGUUCUUGUUGCGCUUUUGGGAGCUCGCGUUCUAGGUUAG